UUCUCUGCUGCGGAGGCGAUCAACUGCGCGCUUCCGCUUUCCACGCCGCCUGGCGCCGGCUGUGCGUCACUGUCAUCAUCUCAUGUCACUACUCUACUCCAGGCAGUGAUGGCGGAGGUGGACGAUACCGACAUCAUCAUGAACUACCACGGAGAUUUCCUCAAAAGCGACAGAAAGAACAGCCGCUAUCCGUACUGCGUCGUCUGGACGCCUAUUCCUAUUCUCUCGUGGGUGCUCCCCUUCAUUGGUCACAUGGGGAUAUGCACCUCUGCUGGGAUCAUACGGGAUUUUGCAGGAUCAUACUUUGUCUCUGAAGACAACAUGGGCUUUGGUAGACCAACAAAGUACUGGAAGCUUGAUGUGGACAAAGUUUGUGGCAAUGGUGCUGCUACAUGGGACAAAGCAGUUCAUGACGCAUCUGAGGAAUACAAAUGUAGGCCGCACAAUCUGUGCUUAGAUAACUGCCAUUCCCACGUCGCUAUGGCCCUCAACCUUAUGCACUACGACAACAGCACGUCUUGGAACAUGGCGAAACUGGCUACGCUGUCUCUUAUUCGUGGGAAACAUGUGAGCUGGGCGGCGUUCCUCAAGACCUGGCUACCCUUCUUCAUGCUCUGCGGAGUACUCGGCACGUUCAUCCUAACAUUCAACCUCCAGUAGUGGAGCGAGAAGUUCCAACGGGAUGACUCAUAGACAUUGGUUAUACUUUAUACAUCGUCAUUUGGCUGUUGACGUGAAUGAUGGUGAUGUGUUUUUUGACGGGGACGGUUUGUUUGUACAAAAAAAUGAAAGGACUUCAUUGUGUGUUAGUGAUGUAUAGUCUACUCUCUAGGAAGGUAUUUAAAGGGACAGUGUGUAGGAUUUUGCGGCAUCUAGCGGUACGGUUGCAGAUUGCAACCAACUGAGUAACCCUCCGCUCACUCCUCCCUUUCCAAGACUGUGGUAAAGUGAGCCACUGAGUGCAAAACCGUGUUAACACCGUUUGUCCCGCUCAGAGGUCAUUCUUACUAUGAUAACACAACUUUAGGAGCAACGGAAGUCAGACGGCGGCUGGCGGUACCACGGUUUUGCACUCUGUGAAGAGGACCCGCUCCCUAUGUAGAUAUGAAGGGCUCAUUCUAAGCUAAGGAAAACACAACGAU